CGAAUCUAUUAACUAUUAGACUCUAGUCAUCUAGACUAGAUUCUAGAUCUAGUGUAGAUCUAUAUCUAGAGAGUCUAGUCUAGAUGUAAUAUAUAGAAUCUAUAUAUAUAUUAACUAAUUCUAGAUCUCUAUUCGGUAAUUUCCUAUAUUCUAUACAGAUUAAUCUAAUAUUUUUCUAAGCCCAUCCAGACUAGAUCUACUGAUUCAGUAUUGCCCACGGCCACGGCCUGACUUCUGAUACUUUUUACUUAUUCUCUAGAUCUAGAUGAGUAGAUCUAUAUAGAUCUAGUCAAUAUAGAUCUAAUCUAGACUCUAGACUGUCUAGAGUCACUAGAUCUAGACCUAGAGGUUGAUAAAAUAAAAUGCAGUGCAUUUUUAAGACUAAGAAAUUCCUUUAAAUAAAAAUUAUUCAAAUGUUUCUAAAUUGAUACAAAUGCAGAGUCAGAGAAAGACCAAGGCAACCCAAUGACAAAAACCAAAAAUCAUCAUUUCCAAAGAACUUAAUACAAAAAAACAAUGGCAUUAUCUAUGUGUCGUCCUCUACGUCGAAUUAUUACAAAAAAUUUUGGAAGUUGUAAGAGAUUUUUCUUGGUGUUAGCAUCUCUUGGUAUCAUUGUAUACACUGUCAGACUUUUAUUUGUAACAGAUGGUCGCCAAGUAUGGGAUGCAAAAAGUGAGACCACUAAUAUAUCAACACCUUGUGAUGUGGAAUGCCUGCCUGAGCAGUAUUCUUUCUAUAUCAAAACUGGCGAGAAAUCUAUCACCACUGGGCAGGGACCCAUCAUUUGUUUCCAAGGCAGGAUGUACAUGAGUCCUGGCCAAAACAAUGUUAACAGAGGAUUGAAUGUGGUACUCAUAGACUCCAAGAGUCAAGAUGUUAAAUCUAUAAAUGUCUUUGAUACAUAUAUUGAUGAAUCAUCACUUUUAAGAUUUCUGAAGAAAGAUGCUAAAGCAGAUGAUAUAAUUUUAUUGGCCACAUUUGAUGAUGCUUCAACUGGUCUGAAGGAAUCCGGUCGAAACUGGCUGUCUUUAUUUGGUAGCUCUCUUGUCACCCAUCUUGGGUUCAGGGAGAACUUUAUUAUGAUAGGGCAUAAAGGACUUGCAAAGGGCAGUGCCAUUGAAUAUUACAUGGCAAAACAAAAUAAAAGAGAAGAUACUUUUGCAAUUCCCAUUGAGAAAGCUGGCUGCUUCUCUUUUCCAAUGGGCAAACUGGUCAGCAUGGAGAACACAGUGCCAGAAGUACUGCGAGGUAAAGACAUGAAAAUAGGAAAGUACUUUGCAAACUGUGGGAUGAGUGAACCUUGUCCAAUGGACACUGUGUCUGUCUCUGUAUUCACGGGAGAGGGCAAUGUACGCAAACCAAGUAUAUGUGUAAACAGUCAUUAUAUGAUGGAUGGUGAUGUCAAUGAUGCUGGUCGUGGAUUCAAUAUUGUCAUAUUGGAUGGGGAAACAUUGCAGCCAUCCAGACUCUCUCAUAUGGACACUUAUACUUUUGACAGCACUGAUUUGGAAUUACUGCUGGAAACUCUGAAUAAGAAUGAAAUUUUCAUUGCAGUGAUAGCAGAUGAUGCAUCUAAUAAACUUGGCCAAGGGGCCAGAGAUUUGUUGAAUAAAAUUGGAAGUGGUCACAUACAAAACCUUCGCUUUAGAGAUGUCUGGUACUUUGUUGGUCAAAAGGGAAUAGAAGGAUUUUCAAAACAUGAGCAGCUCAGUUUUGCAGCAUUUGAUGGUGGUUGGCCCAAACCACUUUCUUCCAAAUUUUGUUUGCCCAAAAAAGUUCCAUCAUCGCAAGUAAUGAUUGAUCCAGAAUUCAAUCGCAACGAUGCCAGGAGAGAAUUUUGUUCAAAAUAUGAAGGAUACAUGGAUUUUUGUGAUCCUGCCCAUGUUGAUGAUUAUUUAAUAGCUAUACCAGUAGCAGAAAAGGAACUGAAAGGUCAUAAAAUAUUUGAUGUCCCACUCAUUAUAGUCCCAGGGUUAAAUCACAAUGCAUUUGCCCACACACUACAGACUACUUUGAUGCAGCCUGGAAUUAAAGUGGAUAAUGUUGCAGUUUUGUGGGAUGAGAAGAUACCAGAGUAUGCAGAGCUGACACAUUUGUUCGGCUUUCGUAACUUUAGUAUGGACAGCAGUUUGACCUAUUCAGAACAACUGAUGAAAGCUCUGCGAAAUUCUAAACGUUUAUUUCCAAAUGCUGAACACAUAAUGGUUAUAGAAGAAGACCUCCUCUUGGCUCCAGACUUGAUUCCUUUCAUGGCCCAGUCCUUACAAAUUGUUAGCGAUGACCCGUCACUUGCUGGAGCGUUUGCUUGGAAUAUUAAUGGUUUUGAGAGUUCCUCUGGUAACAGCAGUCUAGUGUAUAGAGUGCAAGAGUUUCCCGGUCUGGGAUUCCUGAUGAAGACCCUAGUAAUACAACAUCUUGUGGAUAACUGGGAGGAUUGUUGUCAAAACAGAGCCUGGGUUGGCUGGCAGAGUGGGACAAAGCCACUAGAGAUGCUAAUGCCAGAUAUGUCCAGAGUUUACAAGACACCAUUCUAUGGCGCUGAAGGUCACUCUGACCUGGCCAGAAAUUUGUUUAUCAAGCCUCGCAACACUUUUUUAACUAGACAAAGUCCAGGCCUAAAUUUAACCUACCUGAUAGCUGGACAAUAUGAAGACUUCCUCAAGUCUCAGCUGAGCAUUAGCCAGGUCAUUCCAGCUAAUAUUCUGAUUCCUUGUUUACUCCAGAAAUCCCCACCUCCAGAUCUGAGCCCUUACCCCAGUGGCCCUUUGAUGGUGACCUAUGAACAAUCGAGUCCUGAAGACUACACAUUGCUUGUGAAACUUUGUGACUGUUUUGGUCUAGUCACAUUGGACAGAAAGCAUCCUAAAAACCUACACAAAGGACUUUUAAGGUUCUACUCUCAAGGACAUGACAUUUUCUUGGUUGGUAAUAAAACAGUUUAUAUGAACAGCCAGGUACCAGGCAGGUACAUCAUCACACAAAAUUUGACUGCAGCCGCCAAUUAGCUAAACUGAUAGUAGCUGAUGUAUUACAUGCACUGUGAUAGGACUUGCUGAACGGACUUACAAAAGUUUAUAUUAUUCUAGUCAAAAUUUCAGUGGUAUAUGUGGAGUAAGGUAAUUUUAUUAGUUACUUCACUCAAGUAAUGUAAUGUUAGAUUACUUCACUUGAGGAUUGUAAUGUCAUUAGAUUACUUGAGACCAAAAAUCUCAACUGUGUAUUGUUUAGUUAAUUUUUGCUGUUCUUUAUCAUCGGCUAUAGAAAGUUUUGUCUAUAUAUUGAAGGGAAGCAAAUUGAGAGAGUGUAUGUGAGAAGCAAAUUAUAGUGAAAGGAUAUUUUUUAAAAUAAAUGUAUCAUUUUUAAGAUUUCAUCUUGGAUAUAGCUAGUGAUUAACGUAGCUUAGUUUUUCUUUUCAAGUUGAGGAAAAACAUGUUUAUGUUACUAUUAGAUAUUUAAAAGUAUGUUACAAUUGCAGCAUAAUUUACAAUUUUGAAACUACAUUUUUUUUGUACAUAAAAACUUUGGCUACUGCAUGCAAUGUGAUAAAGAUAUGAGUAAAUCUUGAUAAUGUUUAUUAAUCACAUAGUAGCAAGUGACUGAUCCUGAAGCCUACUAGUACAUAGACAAGGCUGUGUACAAAUACAUUCCAGAUUUUAUUUAAACAUAUUUUUAGAGUCCUAACAAUAUGUCAUCAAAAUCUCUAGGAGAUACUGUUUGAUGAACAUGAUUCAUUUCUAGUCAAUAGAUGUGAUAAAAGCAGCUCAACCUGCUAGCUUGGGAACAGACCAUUAUAUUGGUAUUGCAAACAGCUUCUAAAAAUAUACUAAUUUGUUUUGCAAUUAUAUAAUUAAUUAGCAGAUUUCAAGUGGUUUUGAAUUAAAUUACCCUUGUAUAUGUCUAAAUACUUUCUGGUGUCAACAUAUUCAUAACAAACACUUGUCUGUUUGAUUCUAACAAAAUCUGGAUAUUUCAAGCUAGUUCUAUAUGACUCAACCUAUUGAGAAUGUCAAAAUCUUUUUUUUUAAAGGGAUAAUCUGACAUAGACAAGACAAGUUAAUUAUGUAAAUAGUACAUGUUUCAUUUUAUCUCUCUGAUUAUAUGGAAGUGGUGAUUAGGUGCUAGUGCUUGUUUUCUUGGCAUUGUAGUUUUUGCAAAUGUUUUUUUAUUGUUAUAACCAACAAAAUUGAAUUUAAUUACCAUAUUCAAAAUAAUGAUUAGUGACAUAAAUUCAGCUUCUAUCUGCCCGAUGGGUAUCUAAUAGCUACAGUUCAACAUAUUCAUAACAAACACUAGUCUGUUUGAUUCUAACAAAAUCUAGAUAUUUCAAGCUAGUCUGUAUGACUCAACCUUUUGAGAUCUGUCCAUCAUGAAAUAUUUAAAAUAAAUCUGUGCAAUAAUCAAACAUCAUUCUUUUAGUUUGGAGCAAUUAAUUUGUAUCAGUUGUCAAGUAUUUGUGGUAUGCAUUGCAUUUCUGUCACUGAUUAUGAUGCUGAUCAAGUCACAAUUUGUCAUUGGAUCAAAAAAAAAUUUAUUUCGCUUCAUAUCAAUCACCAAUUACACAAUUAAUCAAAUGAUGAUUUUUUUUUCUUUUUGACUAGCCAGAUUUGUUUAUUUAUUGAUAUAAAUAUGUGCAGGUUACUUUGUUUGUUUUUCAAGAUGUGAUAGGAAACACUUUGUAUUACUUGUACUCUAAUCGUUUGAUUUUAAACCUGUGGCAUCCCUAGGGGGAUGCGGGCAGUGUGGACCACAUCAGGUGACACCCAACUGGGGGGUGACAUGCAAGUGAGAAAAAAAGUAUAGAUAUAAAAAUGAAUAAUAUAGAAAAAAGUGUCGGUGGCUAGAGACCUGAACUUGUAUAUGCAUAAGUAAUAUCUAGAUCUGUCUCCAAAAUGGCUCUAUAAGAUGACUCACUCCAAAAAUAAAAUCAUUGUAUUGUUUCUUUGAACUAUUUACAAUCAAUUUUACAGAAGUGAAAUCAAAUUAGUGACUGAAUGUGAAAAGUGGUGGAAAUACAAUCCAAAACUGGAAAACCAUUAUUACUAUAAAGAAUAGUCACCAGGCUUUGAAAUGUGGAAAACAUCUGGAACCUGACUAAAACAAUGGAAAAGAACAUCAUUGCUUUGAUUGAUGAAAAGAAGAAAAAAAAAAGGAAGGACCUUGCUAAGAUUGCAUUAUAUCAUUUUGUUUCUAGCUAAGCAGAAUUUGACAUUUGUUGACCAUAUUGAAGAUCAGUCUUUAUUGAAUAAUGGAGUUCUCCUUGAGAUGGUGAAUUAGUCACAUAUGACCAAGUUCUAAAAGAACAUCUCUAAGCCAAUGCAUAAAAACUGAGAAUGAAAUCAUAAAUGUUUUAGUAUACCAGUAAAGGAUGUUACCUUAGACAUUAUGUAUAUAUGGUACUUUAAUAUCUUGUUUGACAUACACACACUGAUCAAAUUUCUAAUGUUAUGCGAUUUUAAAAGGGAAAGAAGCUGAUGCAUUCUGUCUUAAAAUGCAAGGAAAGAGAUGAGUUUGACUUUAUGAGCUCACGGAUAUGACAAAGCAGCUACAAUGUCUGGAAUCCAUAGGGAUGAGUACUGUUAAUUUUAAGAACCACCAGAAAGUUAUUUUAUGGAUAUACAGAUCAAUCCCUUACUUGGUGGUCAACAUUCUAUUGCAUAAACUGCUUCUUGUGUAUCAUUUUUUGUGUGUAAAUUUGAAAGAAUGUUUUUCACUCUAAAAAUAUAGUCAGUAGAGGCACAGCCUAAGGCAGGGGUUCUCAACCUGUGGGUCGCGACCCCCUUGGGGGUCGAUUGACCAUUUGCCAGGGGUUGCCUAAGACAAUCGAAAAUAUGGAUUAUUAUUGUCUACUCUUCUAUUGCCGUAUUUGUGUGUGUGGGAUGGGUCGCAGCAGAGUGGGGGAUUGUAAAAAGGGAUCGCCAAGCUUAAAAGGUUGAGAACCGCUGGCUUAAGGGCUAUUGUCAGCUUGCUGUGAUUUUACCUGUUUUUUGCACUAUUUUUUUUUUUACGAAAAAGUUAACCAUACAAAUGCUAAUCCUAUACUCUUUAAGCGAGCAAUUGUUGUAUGUAUAUAUAUUUUUAUUUAUUUAUAUUUUUUUGCCACAAGGAGAAAACCGUUACAUUGGUUUAAAAUGUUUCAUUAUCAAAAAAUAAAUUUUGGCUAGAUUUUAUGAAUGAAAAUUUUCCAGAUGACGUCAAAGGGAAAAAACUGAACACUGCUUACGUCACUAGGCCUACAACAAGAAAGAGAAAAAAAUUUAACACUGCUUAUGUCACUGGCUUACACCAGUACACUAAAACAUUUUUUUGCAAACAUAAACAAGUUUGAAUCAGUUGGCAUAAUUUAACAUUUGUGCUCUAUUAGCCUUGUCAACAAAGUAAAAGUCACCUACACGGCUCUCCGCAAUUAAAGUGUAAACAAUUUAUUAUAAAACUUUUAAAACACAAUAAUAUAAUCAUACAUCGGCAAAUUUAAUUUAAUUUUUUUCUUCCAUAGUUCCAUGAUAAAUCAAUCUGCAUAAAAGUGUUUGUAAGAGUCUGUGCAUUAUUUAAGUACAAAAUAAAAAUGAUGAACUAUAUUGAAUUGCAUUGUAAUACUUUUAUAGUGAACACCCUUUUAUAGUGUAACUUUCAUUCUUAUAGCAUUCACAGAGCACUAUGGUUUAAUCUUUCUGGUGGGGGAUGGUUUACCUGGAAGCAGGUUUCUGUCCUAACUUUAAGCACUCAGCAAACAUUGCUCUGCUCGAGUCGGGAUAAAAACUCGAGCCCAACGACUCUUGUCACUCAGCCACACAUCUCACACCCGUUUUAAGGGUACAUAAAAUAUUACAUAGUGGUAUUUUCUACUAAGUCACUUAAUAUUGAACAAAGUAAACAUUAAAAGUAAAAAACUAUACGUUUAGUCACAAGUUAUGAAUAUUUGUAGGUUUGAUGGUUUUAAAAUUGGUGACUCACCUUAAUGAACGAGCCUCCCAAUGCAGUUGAUAAAAGUUUCAAUUCAGUAUUUAGUUUGACCACUCGUUAAAAUUUAUUAUGGCUUGGUAAGUAAAGAUGUCAUUUAUAAAUUGGAUAAAGCAAAUGACUAACUAUGCCCAGUUUUGGUCCCUUUAGAAUAAUUAACCUAGUCCUAUUAUGCUGGGUAAUAUUUUAUUUUGCUGGUGAAUUAUUACAAUGUGUUCAAUCUUUGAAGUCUACUGUGCCAUACCAAAAUAAAGGAAAAGGUCAUAAGACAGCUUCUCUACACCUUACUUGCUCACACUGAACAUGAUCUCCAGCCUGCAGUCAAGGAUUUUGUAUAUGCUGCUGUCUCUUUUGGUUUUACUGUAAACCUCGGAAAAACAAGUCAUGUUCAAGAAGUCAUCCAAUAAAAUCUGCUCAACCCCAUUGCAGAUUCCGUUAACGUCGUAGACAACUUCACAUAUCUGGGAAGCAGUAUGAAAUGGUGCAUUGGUUUUAAGGGAGGUUGAUAACCGUCUGGUCAGGGCCAGUACCAAUUGUGCUUUUGGGCGUAUCCAAGCUAAAGUGUGGCGAAAUAAAUAGGGGACAAAUGUAUGACAAAGGCAAUCUUUUUUUAGUGAACUGAAAGGUGGUUGGCGUCACAAAGUAAAAAGUGCAUGUUUUACCCUAUAACCUAGAUAUUUUGCAUCACUUAAUGUUUAGUACUAAAGCCUUAUUGAAUAUACUAAUUGCAAUAUCAAAUGUCUGAACCUAACCAUUUGAGAAGUAACACUGCAAAGACUUUCUUCUAAGCCAAUAAAAGGCCAAUAGUUUUACACAAAAAAUGUUGGCCUGAUGUAAAAUAACACGACAUGACCUGUGGUUUUUCUUGACUAUAGGGACACUAAAGAGGAUUUCUAUUCUAUCACCAUGCACAAUGUCAUUUAGAACUAAAAGAACAACAAAGCAACCAUUCAGAUUGGUAGGCUUAACCUGAUCACUCAUUUUCAUAAUUACAAAUGUUUCUUAAAUGAGUUUGUGUAAAUAUCUUUCCUUAACUAAUCAUUAAACCGAGCGAGGCUCAGUCACCUGGUAGUUUGUAAUUUUGGAAAGCAUCUUUCAGAACACCACAAAUACGCAGAUGAUAAAUAAAAGUUGAAGGUUUAGUUUCAGAGAUUUUUCGGGGUCUCAAUAGGCCUAUAAAUUGUAAAAAAUCAUGCUCUGUCCAGUUUCUUGCUUUUUCACGAUUAACGUUUGUUGCUUAAGAUGUCUUCUCAGUCUUGGUAUUUCCCUCAAAUGUUGUUCUUUGAUAAGUGAUCACAUACAUUAUUUGGUCAGUUGCUUAAAUUAGAUGUUGCACUACAUCACAUGUAUCUCAAUGGUCUCUUCCAAUCUGAGUUGACACUCGGCAUACAAGUGUUCAACGAACUCUUGUUCCCUUCUUUAAUACUUAGUCCCUGCGAUUUCAAGUUGUUCUCCAGACAUUUCCUUCUUCUUUCUAAUUUGUUUUUUUUUUAUGUAUUGAAAUAUCAUGCUUUUUUAUUUGACAGGCGCUUUCUCUGUAACAUGUUGCGCUAACUGGUCAUGAGUUUGUAAAAGUUUAAAAGCCUCUGCUUGGCCAUCACUUUGUCAAUAGUAAACUCUUUAGUUUUAAGAACUAUUUGAGACUUUCUGUCUAUUGAAAAUGAAAUAGUUGAUGUUGAAUUUGAUGAAUUUAUUGAUAAGUUUGAAAACAUAAAAUCAAGAAAUGAAAACUUUUCAUUUGUAAGAGCAUUUUAUUUUUUUGUUGUACUUUUUUAAAUGUUUAGUUUUGUUUACAUAUUUAAAUUUUUUAUAUUUUUAAAAAUAACUUUAGUGUAUUUUGGUUGCAGUUGCAGUGUUCUUUCAUCCUUGCUAACAUAAUAGUAUAACAUAGAAUGGUUUCUAUAAGAAGCUUUUUAAAGUCUGAUAUAGAAAACGUGUAGAUGUUAAGACUUUUUUCUUAAUUUUAAUGUGCCAAUGUGCCAAAAACCCAUAAUAUCUUAAUUUUAACAAUCUUGAAUUUGAAGACAUUAAAUAACUAUUGAUACAUUCUUUAUAAACAUCAAAAUUUUACAAAUGUGUAGCCAUCAAUGAAUGUAAACAAUUAGCUCAUUGUAUUAUUGUUUAACACAAGAGCAGAACAGUUUGAUGUUUAUUUUGGCAGGGGGAAGGGUGACACCUGGAGCGACACCCACUCUAGUUUUACACUCUUAUGGUGGCUGGCCAUAAUGUUUUAUGUUUAUUCAUGUAUACAACUUUUGAAAUUUUACAUUUUGUUUCUUUAUUGAAUAAACAUUUGCUAACUAUGCCCAUUUUCUAUUCAUGUUUAUUUAUAUCAAACUAUUUGAAUUCCAUAGUCUGUUAUAGCUACUUGGCUUAUUUAAGCUUUGUGUAGAUCAAUACUAUAUACAUUCUUCUUAUUGUUAAUGAUACAUUGACAUGUGAUCGCAGUGCUUCCUUUAAUUAGAUAAAUAAAUAGAGAACAAAGUGUUUGGAAUGUUUGUUUUUUUCAUAUCUUAAGUUACAAUUUUUCAUUUUUUCUGUUUUUAAUAAUGUUCUUUAGAAACAUAAGAUUGCCAGUAAUGAAACUCUGUGCACAUUUUUUUUCCUGGUGAAUUCAUAUCACUGAAGUGGGUUGCAUACUUUAUUUGUAUAACCAAUAUUAGCUUGUUAUGUAUAAAUAUAUUUUUUUGUUUGGAGGCUAAUAAAAUCAAAAAAAAUUGAAA